AUGAGCGCUGAGUAUGGACAGCCACAGCAGUCUGGGGGCCGGAGGGGCCGGAGCUCUGGAGACAAGAAGUCCAGAAAGCGUAGCCGGCGCAAAGAAACCUACUCAGUGUAUAUCUACAAGGUGCUGAAGCAGGUGCACCCCGACAUCGGCAUUUCCUCCAAAGCCAUGAGCAUCAUGAAUUCGUUCGUGAACGAUGUGUUUGAGCGGCUGGCCGGCGAGGCCGCCCGGCUGGCCCAGUACUCGGGCCGAGCCACACUGACGUCCCGGGAAAUCCAGACGGCCGUGCGCCUGCUGCUUCCAGGGGAGCUGGCCAAGCACGCCGUGUCCGAGGGCACCAAGGCCGUCACCAAGUACACCAGCUCCAAGUGA